UGGGUUCCUCAGGGAUCACGUGAUCACGUUGGGUUCUGUCACGUGACCGGCCUACUCGGGGUCUCUGCGCCUUGGAAAGGAAUGGAGCCAGAAGAGGAGCUGCCGCUGCAGCGGCUGGACAAGCUGCCAGCGGAGCUCGGGCUCAAGCUCCUUCACAAAGUAAUUGAUGGCAUUUGUGGCCGGGCUUAUCCUCAGUUUAAGGAUUAUGAAAAUAUUUGGGAUUCCACAGAGUGGAUUAAUGUCCUGGAAGAUAUUUCCAAAUUUUUCAAAACUGUUAUUGGUAAAAAUAAGGAUUUUGAAAAGGUGAUUGAGCAAUUGAAUCACUUAAGCUCAGAUCAUCAGAAGACAAUCAUGAAGUGUUUGAAAAGCCGGAAGGAUGAAAUUAGGAAAGCUCUUUUAGGAGAAAUUAUUGCCAUUUCCUCUGCCCAACUACAGGAUUUUGAUUGGCAAUUAAAGCUUGCUCUCUCUAGUGAUAAGAUUGCCACAUUGCAAGUGCCACUUCUUAACCUUGAUCUCGAUGUAAAGGAAAAUGGUGACAUUAAACAGUAUUCUGUUGAAAUGAAUAAAGAAGAACUGCAGAAUUUGAUAAAUUCAUUGGAAGCAGCUAAUAAGGUCAUCUUGCAAUUGAAGUGACUGGAAAUGAUGGAUAUCUCAGACAUCAGACUCUUACUAUUACAGCUGAGAUGGCAACAAGAAGAGCGUAUUCAGAGAAUGGGGUGAAAAUACUGAUAAUGUGUGCUGAUCUGAGAAAGCACCAAUGUUCUGAGAUUAGAAAGAUGAAAGUAUCUACAUGGUUAGGAAAUUACUCUCGUUGGCAUGAAAAACAUAAAAAAAGUAAAUAUGAAAAAUGUUAAUUAUAUUUACUAUUUUUGUCAUGUCUUGUCUCAUGAGUAUUUUGUAGAGAAAUCUUUUUAAAAUAUUUCAGUUUAGAAUAAUGUCCUGUUUUAUUUGCUAAAAAUAUCAAUACACCAUGUUUUUUAAAUUUAUAAAUAAUAGUGCCACGAGUGAUGGAUUAAUAAUUUUAAAUGUGUUUUAAGUCUAAUUUUGCAACAGUAUACAUACUCUUCAAGUAUAUUAUAUAUAUCUAUGUAUGUAUUCACAUAUCGGUAUAUAUAUAUAUAUAUAUCAUGUAUCAGCAUACAGAUAUGUCUUUAUGGAUAACAUAUAUAUAUAUAUAUUUUUUUUUUAUGAAUUGCUUUAAAAAUAUUUGAGAAAAAUUUGAGAAACAUGUAUAUCCAGCACUUAUGGCACAAUUAAACUUUAAAUCUAUACAUACAAUAUGCACAUAUUUUUAUAGAAAUCCAGAGACAGAAAGGAACCUUAGCUAAAUAAUAUUCUCUUCUCCAAUAUAUUUGACCAGGAAACAUUUAGCUUUUGUUUGAAGAUCACCAACCUAACCCCUGAGGCAGUUCAUUCCCCUUUGGAUUUCAGUCAUACUCACUGAAUUGAAAUAUGCCUCUGUGUCAUCCACCAUUAACUCCUAAUUUCCUGCUCUAUCUAAGCAGAACAAGAACUGGACACUUUGGACUUUAUCAGGCCCAGAACUGAACAUGGUAUUCCAGAUGUGACCUGAAAAAUCUUGAGUUAACUGCAGCACCAUCACCUUUUCCUUUAUGCUUCUCAAUGCCAUAAAUAAGGAUCGUGUUAGCUUUUUGGCUGUUAUAUCCCUCUUACUUCAGUCUCUAGUGGCUGGACCUUUAAGGUUUGUGCUCCCACAGCAAAGCCAUUGAGACUGUUUUUUUUUGUGAUUUAAACUAGUUUAAUUUGUUUCAGAAUCAUUAUAUAAAAAGUUAAAAACUAAGGCCCAAAGAGAACGGAAAGUGAUGGGGACCUUCCUUAUGGUGCAAGGUCUGAUCAUUCAUUUCUUGUGCACUGUCCCGUGUCCAAUGUGUCAUAGAUGCAGACCAUGGAGUAGAUGGCUCCUUUCUAUAUGAACUAUUGCUUAUAUACCCUCCUCUGUCUCUGAAGAACACAACUGCCCCUGCUUUCCCACCCCCACAGGUCAGCCAUCAGAAUCCCUGUAAUUUGGACUGUGACGAUGUACUGGAGUAGGACUCAAUUGUAAUCCUCUUAAAAGUUCAAAUAAACAUUUUGUUUUCAUCAAUA